UGACCCGUUACCAACAUGUCAGGCUGGGAGUCUUUUUACAAAAACGAGGGCGAUGAAGAAGAAGAGCAGGAGGAGGGCCCGGAAGCAGGGGCGGUGUUAAAAAAGGAGACCAUCAGACAUAUGAAGAACACAACAUCACCCUUGAUAUAAUCAUGCCAAAAUAAAGAAAACCGGCAUGUGAUGAAGCCUCUGGUCCGUGGUAGGAAACACAGAGGGCUAUGUUAAUCUACACCAGAAGAAUGCAGUCAGCAAAAUCCAGAAGGUGGACAGCUGCACAUGACACAACAUCCUGAUUCUUCAACAAAUACAUUGAGAAUACACAUAUUCAGGAAGAGAUAGUUUGAUUUUUUUGGUUGAUGCUUCUAGGGCCAUGUUUAAAUCAGAAGGUGAAGAUGAAAUGACUCCUUUUGACAUGAGCAUCCAGUGUAUCCAGAGUGUGUACACCAGUAAAAUCAUAAGCAGUGAUCGAGAUCUCUUGGCAGUGGUGUUCUAUGGUACCAAGAAGGACAAAAACUCAGUGAAUUUCAAAAAUAUUUACGUCUUACAGGAGCUGGAUAAUCCAGGUGCUAAACGAGUGUUAGAGCUCGCGCAGUUUAAGGGGCAGCAGGGAAAGAAACAUUUCCAAGACCUGAUUGGCUAUGGAUGUGACUACUCACUAAGUGAAGUGCUGUGGGUCUGUGCCAACCUCUUUAGCGAUGUCCAGUUCAAGAUGAGCCAUAAGAGGAUCAUGCUGUUCACCAAUGAAGAUGACCCCCAUGGCAAUGACAGUGCCAAAGCCAGCCGGGCCAGGACCAAAGCUGGGGAUCUCCGUGACACAGGUAUCUUUCUUGACUUGAUGCACCUGAAGAAACGUGGAGGCUUUGACAUAUCCUUAUUCUACAGAGAUGUCAUCAGCACAGCAGAGGAUGAGGACCUAGGGGUUCACUUCAAGGAGUCGAGCAAGCUAGAAGACCUGUUGAGGAAGGUCCGAGCCAAGGAGACCAGGAAGCGCCCACUCAGCAGGUUGAAGUUUAAGCUCAACAAAGAUACAGCAUUCACUGUUGGCAUUUAUAAUAUGGUCCAGAAGGCUCACAAACCUCCUCCAAUUAGGCUUUAUCGGGAAACAAAUGAACCAGUGAAAACCAAGACUCGGACAUUUAAUGUAAAUACAGGCAGUUUGCUUCUGCCAAGUGACACCAAGAGAUCUCAGGUCUAUGGGAGCCGUCAGAUUGUGCUAGAGAAAGAGGAGAUGGAACAGCUAAAACGGUUUGAUGAACCAGGUUUGGUUCUCAUUGGUUUCAAGCCCUUGCUAAUGCUGAAGAAGCACCAUUACGUGAGGCCCUCCCUGUUCGUGUACCCCGAGGAGUCCCUGAUUAAUGGGAGCUCAACCCUGUUCAGUGCUCUCCUCACCAAGUGCCUGGAGAAGGAGGUCGUGGCAGUGUGCAGAUACACCCCCCGCCAGAACAUCCCCCCUUAUUUUGUGGCCUUGAUGCCACAGGAAGAGGAGCUGGAUGACCAGAAAAUCCAAGUGACUCCCCCAGGCUUCCAUCUUGUCUUCUUACCCUAUGCUGACGAUAAACGGAAGGUGCCCUUUACUGAAAAAGUCAUGGCAAACCCAGAGCAGGUAGACAAGAUGAAGGCUAUUGUUCAGAAGCUCCGCUUCAAAUACAGAAGUGACAGCUUUGAGAACCCAGUGCUGCAGCAGCACUUCAGGAACCUGGAGGCCUUGGCUUUGGAUUUGACGGAGCCCGAACAAGCAGAAGAUCUGACAUUGCCGAAGGUUGAAGCAAUGGAUGAAAGACUGGGUUCCCUCGUGGAGGAGUUUAAGGAGCUUGUCUACCCACCAGAUUACAACCCUGAGGGGAAAGUUUCCAAGCGAAAACAAGAUGAUGAAGGUGCUGGAAGCAAGAGGCCCAAGAUGGAGUUGUCGGAAGAGGAACUGAAGGCCCAUGUCAGCAGGGGCACGCUGGGUAAGCUCACUGUGCCCGUGCUGAAGGAAGCCUGCAGGGUGCAUGGACUGAGGGGCGGGAUGAGGAAGCAGGAGCUGCUGGAUGCGCUCACCAAGCACUUCCAGGACUGAGUGACAGCCGCCACCCUUCCACCCUGGAGCCAGGCUGCCUG